CAAAAACUUUAAAAAUGAGUAUGCUUAAUGAAGCAGGUGGAGGUGGAAGCCACACUGAGAUUGAGGAAGAAGAAUAUUACGUCAAAGCAGGCUAUAUAGCCGUAUUGGCUCUACUAUUGGUCUAUACCAUGAUGGGAUCAUUCAUUGAGUUUACCAAGAUGGCAUAUAUCCAUGAAACAGGAGUCGCAAUCAUUUUGGGCAUGAUCAUAUCACUAUUUGCCAAGUUCUUUGGGUACACCCAGAUCAAUGAUGUCCUUGAGUUCAGUGAAAGUCUGUUCUUCUUUGUUUGUCUCCCACCAAUCGUGUUCGCAGCUGGAUAUAACAUGAAAAGGAAGAAGUUCUUCCAACAUUUCAACUAUAUUGCUCUGUUUGGAAUCUUGGGUACAUUCUGCUGAUUCACAAUAUUUUCAUUCUUGACAGGGAUGUUGUUCUACUUCCAGCCAAUGCAGAAGUACAAUCCUGAACUUGGAACCAAUGAGACUUUCACACUGACUCUUAGGGAGAUCCUACUGCUGUGUUCUUUGAUGUGUUCUUCAGAUGUGGUGGCAGCUGUAUCUUUGAUAGAUUUCCAGAAAGAGCCUAAAUUAUUCUCGAUGGUUUUCGGUGAAGGUAUCACCAACGAUGCUGUAUCUAUCAUUCUAUUCAACACAGUGUUCAAGUACACCGGGUCUACUGAGAAGUUCACUACCCAGACAGUCUUCAAGGUAUUCCUUGAGUUCUCAAAACUUGCCUUAUCCUCAGUGGGGUGUGGAAUGGUCGCCUCAUUUGCUUGCGCAUUAUGACUAAAGAAUAUGAGAUUCCUAACUCAUUCGCCUGUUCAUGAGACUUUAUUUGUGUUUUGCUUUGGCUAUCUUGGCUAUAUGUUCAGUGAACUUUUUGAAUUAUCUGGAAUCAUUACCUUACUCACCACUGGUGUCUUGAUGGCUCACUACGCUUGGUAUAAUCUAUCUCCUCAGUCAAAGCAGACUACUAGUCUUGCCUUUGGGGCUAUUGGAUUCGGAGCUGAAGCUUUUGUGUUUGCUUAUCUUGGUCUCACAUUCUUUUCAUAUACUAGCUAUGAAUGGUCAUGGCAGUUCUUCAUUGCUGAGUUCUUUGUUAUUAUUAUUGGAAGAUUCUUGGGCAUUGUGGGACUCCUCUACGUCAUCAGUUUCCUCCUAAACCACACGCGUGAGCUCUCAUUCAAAGAAACAAUGUUUUUAUAUUGUGGAGGAAUGAUCAGAGGAGCCAUUGCUUUUGGAUUGGUACUGAGACUGGAUCACUCGUUACCAAACAGAGAAGUGAUCAUUACCACAUCUUUAUGCUUGGUUAUCCUGACAACACUUCUAUUCGGGUCAUUAAUGCCAAUCUUGGGAAAGGUUCUUCUUAAGAAGGAAGGUGAGCCAUCUGUUGAUCACGGACACGCUAAAAAGAAGAAGCAUAAUGAUCAGGAAAUGGUUGAAAUGAAUAAAUCAGGAAGCCAAGACAAAUCAGGAGAUUCAUCAAGUUUCCAUGAAAUGAUGGUACACCCCAACUUCGAGGAAGCAGAUGCCACUAUUGUUCAGCAGAAGAAAAAGCAAAACUCCUGAGUGAAAUAUUUCAAGCAGUUUGAUGAAACAAUCUUGAAGCCGAUCUUGAUCUACAAAUACACAAAGGAGAGAAAAGAGAAGCAAUUCGAGUUCUUCAACAUGAUGGUAAAUAAGGGAGCUAAACUUGAGAAUAAAUUUGCCUCUAGAGACCCUCAGAGCAACGAGGAGAAGAAGAAUAUGGAGGAAAAAUUAAUCCUGGAUGACUAAAUUUACUCUAAACAUC